AUGUGCAUGGGAGGCAGCAGCUCCAGCUUCAGCUCAGAUAUAACCGGACACAAUCUGCCUGCGUCGUCGACGACUUCGGUCGUCGUCCGCGUCGUUCGUCUGCGUCGCUCGUCUCAGCAGCAAAUGCCGAGGCGAAGAAGACAUGACUCAAUCACCGAAACACCAAUUUGCAACAUCGCCAAAAAUAGCGCAAUGGCCAAGACCAAGAUCCUACAGGUAUGCAAAUUAAUUGCUAGUAAUGAAUGCACAAUGGCCCAUAAGAGGUCACUAGAGGUGCUGGACAGAAUAUUGAAAGAUCUUCGUGACAACCAAAAUAUUAUUGGUGGGGCGAUGAUUCUGUUGUCAGGCGAUUUUCGUCAGACUCUUCCAGUUAUUUCAACUUUUUCUGAUGAACUUAAUGCAUGCCUAAAAUCAUCGAAUUUGUGGCAGUACGUAAAGGCACUCCAACUAACAACUAACAUGCGAUUCUUAGAUAUUGGAAAUAAUAAAGUUGCAAUGGACACCUCAAGCGCAUUCAUCACAUUACCCACAGAUUUCUGUCACAUCACAGAUUCAAAAGAGGAGCUUAUUCAGCGUGUUGCCCCAGAUAUAGCGCAAAAGUACAAUAACCAUAAUUGGCUGGGUGAACGAGCAAUUUCGGCAGCCAAAAAUAAAGAUGUCGAGGAUCUCAAUGCGACCAUUCAGAAUUUUCUUCCAGGACACUUGGUUUCCUUCAAACCAUUAUGA